UCAAGAGUCCAUUGCUCUCUGUUAAAUCACAGCAACACUUAGCCAAUCAUGGGCAUCUGUGGGCUCAUGUAUGCGGAAGAGGGUUGAUAGCGCUUCCUUCCAAGUGUUUUACGCAGCUUGAAAAGCAGAUGUGGUUGGUUGGCUUCACAUCUCUUGGAGGAAGCAAGUAUUAGCCUUCACGCUAGCCAGUUGGUAGCUGUUUAAUGAUGGGUGGGAAUCAGCCAAGACUAAAUUAGGGAGAAAAUGUUGCCAGUGUCCAUUUAGUCUACAGGGUGAAGUGUUCUGAGGAGAAGAAAACAGUUUUUCAAACUGUCCCUAUGGAGUAGUUCGCUUCAUGGGCUGAACUGUCCAGAUUUGGUGCUGCAUUUCAGUGAAAGAGCCCUGAGGAUUCGUGAGUUAGAGGUAGAGCUGUCCACUUUCUGUCCAGCAUGAACAGAGUGUCAUGUGUAAGUGUUGUCAUGGUUAUCGCCCUGAUUUGGACGAACCUCUCCGACGGCCAGCUCACACUGGACCACAAGAAGGUUGCUCCUAGACAAGUGGUCGAGCCUCAAAUUUUGGACAAUGACUCUUCUGGAUUGUGGGGCUCUUGGGGUCCAUGGAGUGAAUGCUCUCGCUCGUGUGGUGGUGGGGUACAGGAGCAAAGCAGGCCGUGCUUACGCACGUACAGCUCUCCGGCCACAGUUUAUUCCUCCAGACAGGGUCCUCACAUGGGGCACCAGGAUCCGAGUAUUGUCAUAUCAGCAUUAAAGCCCUCUGUGCCCGGGCAUCAUGGUAAUAACAGUCCUCAUCCAGAUGCUCAGGGGUCACACCAUACCAGUCAUGGGGAGACAAGAAAGCAGCAGAGUGAAGCACGGCCCGGGAGGCGGCGAGGCGGCAGCACUCGGAUCAUGCCAGGGAUGUACGGUUACGGGAAGAUGCCAUAUGUGGUCUCCCCACAGAGAGAUCCUGGACAACCCGUGUACAGCCAGCGACAGCGUCGCUCACCACCUGACUACAGAUACGGCAGCUAUAGACAGCAGCAGAAGAAGUACAGAAAUACUCAGCAAAGUUCUCCUCAAAAUACCCAUCACAGUAUGAGCCAGCAGGCAUCCUGGGUUCCCCUUCACCAGCCCAGCUCGGGUCUCCAGUCUCAGGGGAAGCCGCACCCUCCUGGCACACUCGCAUCAGGUUUUAGCCAAGCUUCAGCUCCUGGGAGACCUCAUAACCCCCUCUCGCUGCCAGCCUCCUCCUGCUCUGGAGUUGCCAGCCAGUACAAGAUGUGCAACAUGAACCCUUGUCCCCUUGCCAGCAGGAAUAUCAGAGACAUCCAGUGUUCCUCCUAUAACAAUCACCCCUUCAUGGGCCGGCUCUAUGAAUGGGAACCUUUCAACGAAGCGUCACCAAGCAACGGGAAUCACACGGCGCAUUUACAGACUGUUUGGACAUUAAUAAGAAGAGCACUUCAGAUACAUGUCAAAAUGUCAGCUUGCUUCACCAAUGAAAGGAUUGUGAAUAACGCAGUUGGAAUUGCUAAAAUGUUCUGUCAUGUUGGUGCAUAUUUCAGAUGUGCAGAUCAUUUCUGGAUGAGAUUUAUCUUGGAUUUCCCUAAAACAGUUCCUGGAGAACAGCUCUGCGAGCUCAACUGCCGUGCGAUCGGAUACCGUUUCUAUGUCCGCCAGUCGGAUCGGGUCAUUGACGGGACGCCGUGUGGACAGAACGAGACGGCCAUCUGCGUGGCUGGGACGUGUCAGAGUCCAGGUUGUGAUGAGUUUUUGGGUUCAGACAAGGUGCUGGAUAAAUGUGGUGUGUGCGGCGGGGACAACACAGCGUGUCGGCUGGUUUCUGGACUGUUCCAGCACAGCCUGUCCAAAGUCGGCUACCACAAGAUCGUAGAGAUCCCACAGGGAGCCACCAAAAUCAACAUCACUGAGAUGGUCAAGAGCCAAAAUUACCUCGCUUUGCGGAGUCGCUCUGGACGUUCCAUCAUUAACGGAAACUGGGCCAUCGACCGACCUGGAAAGUACGAAGGAGGAGGGACGAUGUUCACUUACAGACGGCCCAAUGAGAUCAGCAGCACUGCCGGAGAGUCCUUUCUAGCAGAAGGGCCGACCGAUGAGAUCCUGGACGUCUAUAUGAUCUACCAGCAGCCCAAUCCUAGAGUGCACUACGAGUACAUCCUUCCUUCUGAGAACUCCGUCAGCGUGGCUACUGACACGGAGGAGGGUAACACAGUGACCGAUGGGGUGGAAUAUGAUCAGUAUGGCAGAAGGCCAUCUCACGUACCUGAAAACCAGGUACCGCCUCGUAGGCACAGAGAACACAACUGGAAACUCACGGGCACGACUGACUGCAGCGUCUCCUGUGGCAGAGGAAUCAGGCAUACUGUGUUUGGCUGUGUGCAUCGAGUCACUCACGAGCGUGUGUCUGACAGUCACUGUGACAGCGCUACUAAACCCAGCACACAGGAGGAGCCCUGCAAUGUCCAGCCAUGUCCCGCAUUCUGGGAUAUCGGUGUGUGGUCCGAGUGCAGUAAGACGUGCGGCCUCGGCAUGCAGCACCGACAGAUCCUGUGCCGACAGUUUUACAUCAACCGCACCCUCACCGUGCCCGCCAAGCGCUGCGAACACCUGGAGCGGCCCGAGAGCAGCAGCACCUGUCAGCUGAAGAUCUGCAGCGAGUGGCAGAUUCGCUCUGAGUGGACUUCUUGCUCCAUGCCUUGCGGUGUAGGUCAGAGAACACGUGAGGUGCACUGCGUCAGUAACGUGGGUGAUAUUGUAGAGGAUGAGGAGUGCAACAUGAAUCUUCGUCCCCGUGACAUUGAGAACUGUGACAUGGGGCCGUGUGCUAAGAGCUGGUUCUACACAGACUGGGGUGAGCAGUGCUCUGCAGAGUGUGGCUUUGGCGUGCGAAGUCGCAGCAUUGUGUGUCUCUCUAACCUGGUAAGCAGUGUGCCUCUGGAAGGCUGUGGUACGGAGCGCCCCCCUCAGGCUCAGCCGUGUAACAACGGGCCGUGUGAGAGCCGCACUGAGUGGUUCGCUGGGCCCUGGGGUCAGUGCUCGGCGGAGUGUGGAACAGGCAGCCAGCAGAGGACGGUGGUGUGUAUGAUGAAGUCUGAUGACAGCUAUACAGUGAUGCCACCCUACGAAUGUUCUUCUCUGGACAAACCACUCAGCCAACAGAGUUGCACUGUGAAGGCCUGUGGAGCCAAGUGGUACUACACUGACUGGAGUGCAUGUUCAAAGACGUGUGAGGGGGGAUUUCGUGUGCGAGAAGUGCGCUGUCUCUCUGACGAUAUGAUGCCAAGCGAGGGAUGUGAAGAACAGCAGAAACCGGAGGACAAAGAGGAGUGCAACCUCGAUCCCUGUGUUCCACAGAUCGACGAAAAAUGCCGAGACAAAUAUUUCAACUGCAACGUGGUGGUCCAGGCCCGCCUGUGUGUGUAUGAUUACUAUAAGAAGGCGUGCUGUGCGUCGUGUGCGCGUGGGGCACAGAGACAUUCGACACACAGGAGCUACAGAUAGGACGGACCCGAUGGUGAAGUCACCCACGUCAUGCCCUUCACUGGCAGGCGCUAUAAGCGGACACUGCUUACUGCAAGAUGCUCUGCUUUAAGUGCUGUGGACGCAAAGGGAAGCAAAAAUGCAGCAACGUGAUGUGAUGUGAUGUGAUGUGAUGCUCUUUAGAAAAAGUCCAGAGCCUUGAAUGCACUUUGUACAUCACAUCACUUGACUGAUCUGGAGAUACAGAAAAAGAGCAUGCGUUCAUUUUCACCGAUUUAUUUAUACGUGUAAGAUGACAAUGAUUAUAGUGUGCCAAAUACACUCAACACACGGUGCUUCCUUCGUCAUUAAUUCAAGCUGAAGAAUCAGACAGAUUCGUAUGGAAUUUUAUAGUGUGUGUAUAAUAUUUAAUGUAAAUUCCUUUACCUUGAUGAUGAUGGUGUAGUUCAUUAACUAUGCAGCAAAAGGACAAGGAACUGCAUGACACCAGUACCUGUGACUCUCGCACAGUAUUUCACUGUCAGAACAGGUUCUACACAUCCAGUGUAGACCACUUCACACACGUUUUCCCUAUACAUUUUUCACAUCAUCGCAGCAUUAGAUUAUAAUGCUUAUACUGUUGUUAAUAAAGUAACUUCACUCACAGUUGAGCGAGCAUUCUGAAGAAAAAUGACGUUCCCAGUUGUCUACUUCGCUUUACAGAAAAGCAGAGUUCUGUUUGUCUCUGGAAUCAGGAUGAAGCUCUCCUGUCUAAGAAGUCAGUCAUGGAUAAACGUGAUGAGGAAGGUGGAUGGGAAUUUAUCAUGGCGUGAAAAGAGCGAUUUGUUGUCCAUGUUCAUAGAAAUCUCAGUGGUGUCCUGCAUCUAAAAUAUAUAUAUAUAUUUUAUAUAUAUAUAUAUAUAUAUUUCUCAAAACACAGGUUCAUACUGCAUUGAAGGAAGUUUGCUUCUUUUUUUUUGUAUUUAUUAUAGCACAGUACUGUUGAAUUCUGGAUUCUGAUUGCUCAGAAGGUGUUGAUUCAUUUUCCAAAACAGCAGCUCUGACAGUAGUUCCGGCUGCCAAUCACAGGUUUCUAUUAACGUGCUUAUUCCAAUAGGUUAUUAUUUCUAUAAUAAUUGUGUAAUUGUUGAUAUGGUGUUCAGUAAGGAGACUUUAUUUAACAUUUUAUGGAAGGUGUCUCUAGUGUCAGCGUUUCAUCUUUGUCUUAUUAACUCAAAAAGUGUGGGGGGGGCGGGUUGGCGUGGGAGGGACUGUUUAUAGCUGCUAUAACGUAACUGAUAACGGGAACUAACUUGUUUGUGGACGUUUCACAAGAUUAAACAUAACUAUUAAAGGAUAAAAUGUACAACAUGUCUUUCUUUAAUAAAUUAAAAAUGUAAUCAUGGGGAAAUUGCAGUGGUAUAAGAGGACGUAUUGUGUUAGGGAGGGAUCGGAGAGUCCACUUUGCAACGGUAGAUCACGCAAGCUUCUCUUUCUUUCUUUUUUUUUUUUUUUAAAGACGUUGAUCUACUGUACACACCCUGGACAUGAUUACAGUCUGUUUCAGGCAACACAAUGAGUUCUACCAGUUUAUUUGGAAUGUGUUAUACAGCUAUAAUGUGGGGGGGGGGGGGACAACAUAACAAAAUCAUUUUAAAUGCUAAACAGGCUCUGAUAUAUUUCACCUUAUUAGAACAUUUAAUACCUUUUUUAUGCAAAAUCUGUCAAAUGUUAUUUGCGAUUUCUCUUUAAUAAGGCUAAUUAAUCACACAGUUUGUUGGAAGUUUGUUGAAAAGAGUAUUCUGGAGCUAAGUCUGUGUUUGAUUUGUGUGUGUGUGUGUGUGUGUGUGUGAAUACGUGUAGACUAACAUUCAGUACAAUAAUUUAUCUCAUAACAUUUUGACUUGCAUUGGUUUGGGAAAAUUCAAAAAGACAUCAGCUCUAUACUUAAUUAUAAGCUACACUGAGAAUCAGGAGUUCUUAAAACAUUCUUAUACUUUAGCAUGUUUGUAUAAAUUACCUCAUUUUAAAUACUCCAAAAGUUAAAUAAUAAUAAUAAUAAUAAUAAAAUCUUACCAUGUGUACUUGAAUCAAGAAAUAUUUAUUAUUAAAUGUUUAGUGAAUUGAGAAAUGUAAGAUCAGAAGAAUCUAGAAGAUCUAAUCUAAUUGGAAAAAUCCAGGAUCUUUAUCACUCUAAUUAGACACUUAAAGCUCACCACAUUUAUGUUUUACAGUUAAUACUAGCCCUCUAAACGAGGGGUUUAAGUGCGCAUGCCUUUAAUACAGCACUGAUACAGUGGCUGAUAUUUCAUCUUAAACAUAAUUAGCAUUUGGAUCAGUUUAAAUCUAAUAUUUUUAUCUGAUUAUUAUAAAACUUUAACGGUUCACCAGUAAUUUAACCCUUAAAAUGCGUACUAUGUGUCGGUAUGAUCUGUGAGCUCGUUUCCCCCGAAUCUCAUCCAUUUUUUCAGUUAGACGCCUACUUUCCUAGUAUUCUAACAAUGUUCCAAGAGUGAAAUGCCAGAAAUAUUGAAAAUUAUUUGUGUAUGACAAAAUAACAGUCUUUGGGAGCUUGACGAAAUAACUGUAUGAGUAGUUAGGAGCUCCAUUCUGUAAUUUGCAACACGGUCUGUGUUAGAGAAGUGACAAAAUAUUCAAAUAAAAUCUAUUUUAUUUUAAUGCCAUUCUGUGUCAGUAAAAUAUUAUGUUUCACGUUGGCAUGGAAGUUUAAACAUUCCUUGAAACACCCAUCCAUCUAAGGGUAAAGGGAUAUCAGUAGAGCAUAAGUUAAUAAUAAUAAUAAUAAUAAUAAUAAUAUGUUAAUAAUUUAGUAUUGCAGCUAUGUAAUGUAUUUGUUGCCAUUGUAUCUAAGCAGCAAGGCAGACGUCGAUGCAGUGUAUAAACUUUCUCGCUAGUUUAUAUUCCUUAAUUUUCUGUUUUAUUGGGUUUUUUUUUUUUACUUUUGUUUGUAUUUAUAUUUUGAAUUUACUCAGUGUUUACAUUUUGUGUAUCAUGAAACCCAGACUCAUAGUUAUCAUUCAUUCAG